AGUGAUCCAAUGAAAGGCUGCUCAGCUGUGCUGAACUUCACCGUAGUGUUUGGAUUUUAGAGUAUCUCUUUUACUACAAUGUCUGCCGAUCGGCUCGCUAAAAUCCCCGAGGUUGAUUUAGAUCCAAACGGCGUGUUCAAAUACGUCCUGAUACGGGUGCACAGUAUAGACGAUGAUUCUUAUGUUGAUAUUGUGAGAGGAUACGCAUGGGCCGAAUAUCAUGCUGACAUCUAUGACCGUGUUGCUGGAGAACUGGAGAGAGGUGGAGGAGUAGACUGUGAGUGUCUCGGAGGAGGAAGAAUCAGACAUGACAGUGCAGAAAAAAAGAUCCAUGUCUAUGGCUAUUCAAUGGGCUUUGGGAGAGCAAAGCAUGCCGUUUCCACAGAGAAAAUAAAAACUUGUUAUUCAGACUAUGAGGUGACAUGGUCGGAUGAGGGGUAUUGAAUGUUAUCUGGAAUAUUACGGCUCUGAUCCUGGUAUUCUUAAUCUAGCUGUCUUAAUAGAGUUCUGGACUGUUCCAUAUUGUGCCAAGAAUGAGCAGAGCCUUUACAAGAUUCAGAUUUGAGUGGACAGAUCAAAUGUUUACUUUAAAACAAGUGCAGAGAUUUUUUCUGCAUUGUUUUCGAUUGGUUUGGCAACAAGGGAAGAAUACACUUUUAAUAUAGAAAAUUAUGAAACAAAGUACACUUCAGUUUAGUGGGAAAGUUUAAGUAUUUCAUAGCAAACCAUAAACUCCCUUAUAUAUUGCAACAAUAGCAUCCUGAAAAGCUAAUAAACCCAGAAAGUGCCAGCAUUUUUCAUUUAAGUUGCUGUAGCACAAUAAGUGAAAGUUAUUAUUAAAGGGACAGUUCACCUAAAAAUGAAAAUUCUCUCAUUAAUUACUUACCUUCAUGCUAUCCCAGAUGUGUUUUACUUUCUUUCUUCUGCUAAAUACAAAUGAAGAUUUUUAGAAUAUCUCCGCUCCGUAGUUCCAUACAAUGCAAGUAAAUGGUGGCCAUACAUUUCUAUCUCCAAUAAUCACAUAAAGGCAGUAUAAAAGUAAUCUAUAUGACUACAGUAGUUUAAUAUAUGUCUUCUGAAGCAAUAUGAUAGGCGUAGGUGUAAAACAUACAUUUUUAAGUCUUUUACUAUAAAUGUGUCUUCCCUGCCCAGUAGGUGGCAAUAUGUACAAAGAAUUUAAGUCACCAAAAAUACAAUUAUGAAAAAAUGUGAAAGGGGUGAUUUACAGUAAAAACCUCUCAUAUCGCUUCUGAAGAUAUGUUUUAACCACUUGAGUCUUAUGGAUGACUUUUAUGCUGCCUUUAUGUGCUUUUUGACCUUCAAAGUUUUUGGUCACCCUUCAAUUGCAUUGUAUGGACCUACAGAGCUGAGAUAUUUUUCUAAAGAUCUUUGUGUUCAACAGAAGAAAGUAAGUCAUACACAUCUUGGAUGGCAUGAGGUUGAGUAAAUCAUGAGAGAAUUGUAAUUUUUGGGUGAUUACUUUAAAGUAAAUUAUUGUGUUUAACUACAACAUAAAAAUAAUUUGUGUUAUUGUAAUAGUCCAGAUUUAAUCAUUUCUAUGCCACCACACUGUAAAUUUGGUCCCUCAUAUAGUAAGAACUGAUCCAGAGGUUGCAAACCUUGCUUGAUAAACAUUAUUAUACUUAUUAAUAUCAUUAAUUUUUUAACAGAAAACCUUAUUAGGAUAUGUAAUAAUUUUCCUGACUAAAUGUAUUACAACCUGAAAAUAUAAUGUUAUUAAUUGUACUGAAUUGCCCUUGUUAGUUUCCCUUAAGCACUGAUCAGAACUUACAGCAUUUAAAACAACAGAUUUUGUUUUUCAUUUAAAGCCAGACCAUAAAAAUACAGUCACUGUAGUAGACAUUGUUGUAUCCGUUGCAUUUGGAAUAUUUAGUGCAUCUAAACAGAAGUGAAUUGGACAGCAA